AGGAGGACCUAUAAAGAGAGUAAACAGAGUUGACAUUAGACCUUGUGUGCCCAUGCCUGUUUUCAUGCCGCAGCAGAGAAGCAGAUCCCGGAACACACCUCCAGCUGCCAUGCAAGAGACCAGUCCACACCCAGGCGAAGCUGCUGAUGUUGAUGAUGGUGUCGUGGUGGAACAGGUGACCGUCCCUAGCUUUGGCCCCGGUCUGAGUGGGACGCAGCAAUCAGUCCUCCUGGAUGAACCCGAAGAGACCAGGCCAUAUAACACUGUGAGCAGUCCAGACCCCGAGCUCGCUGAGGAACAUGCAGAGCCUGGACGUGAUGGAGAAUGGCUGGAACCAGACCCUGAGCCUGAGGAGGAGCAUCAGAGGCCGGAGCAUGAUGGUGAAGGGCAGGAGCUUGAACCAGUGCUUGAUGAAGACCCUCCCACACCUGAACUGGAAUCCGAGUCAGAAUUGGAAUCCGAGCCUGAAUCUGACCCAGGGUCAGCCCCCACCCCCCGUAGAAGCCAGAGGUCAAAUGCAGGCCAACAUCCCAAUCUGCAUCAUGAGCCAAAGUCAGUGCUAGACUCUAGUCCAGCUGCAGUCUCUCAGAUGAUCGCUACUUUAGGCACAGCAUUCAUUAAGGAGGUUGCAAGAGAAGUUAUAAAACUAUUAGUAGUCACCGAGGCCGUUGACUAUUAAGCAGGGGAGAAUGUAACCGGGUCAUAUUUUGAGGUUGUAUGUUUUCUAAGUGGUAAUGGGACAUGUCUCCUUUAAAUGCCAGAAAACUACAUUGCAUCAUGUUGUAGUUCCUGGGUUCGUAUGUGGUGAAUUCUGGGUAUUAAGACUGGAGCGAGAACGCAGUGCAUCAGAGAAGGUGGCUGGCGUGAGGGAUAUUUGGUGAUACUUGGUUAAUAUUGCUGACAUAUAGCCAUACUGGUAUCCUGGGAGCACACGUGUGUGGAGGAUAG